AUGGCGAUGGCCGUCUCCGGAGCUGUGCUCAGUGGGCUUGGUUCUUCGUUCCUCGCUGGAGGCAAGAAGAGUGCCGCCGCAUUGGGAAGCGGUGUAGGCGCUGGAGCUGCGAGAGUUGGCCGGAAAACUCUGAUUGUCGCUGCUGCAGCUGCUCAGCCCAAGAAAUCAUGGAUCCCCGCCGUUAAAGGUGGCGGCAACUUCCUCGACCCUGAAUGGCUCGAUGGCUCGCUACCAGGAGAUUUCGGGUUCGACCCGUUGGGUUUGGGAAAGGAUCCAGCUUUUCUGAAAUGGUACAGAGAGGCAGAGCUGAUCCACGGCCGAUGGGCGAUGGCAGCUGUUCUCGGGAUCUUCGUCGGCCAGGCCUGGAGCGGAGUGCCGUGGUUCGAAGCUGGAGCUGAUCCACGCGCGAUCGCACCCUUCUCCUUCGGGUCGCUCCUCGGGACCCAACUGCUUCUCAUGGGUUGGGUGGAGAGCAAACGGUGGGUCGAUUUCUUCAACCCGGAUUCUCAAUCGGUCGAGUGGGCGACACCUUGGUCGAGGACCGCUGAGAAUUUCACGAAUUACACCGGCGAUCAGGGAUACCCAGGUGGAAGAUUCUUCGAUCCGUUGGGUCUCGCCGGGAACUUGAGCGACGGUGUUUACGUGCCGGACACAGAGAAGCUGGAGCGGCUGAAACUGGCGGAGAUUAAGCACGCGAGGCUCGCGAUGCUUGCAAUGUUGAUCUUUUACUUCGAGGCCGGUCAGGGGAAAACACCUCUCGGUGCUCUCGGUUUGUGA